AUGUCGAUAAUUUGUAAAUACACAAUUUUCUAUUUAUCUAAACCUUUAAACAUUACGACAUCCAGCGAAGCGAUGUUGAAUCAAGUGCGAAGUGUUCAUAAUGUUCGUCCACCGCGUAUGAAAUAUCCUUUAUGGUAUUUGCAAAGAGAGCGCGCGAAAGACGAUCAGCAAUUAACCGAAGACAACCGUGCGUUCGUGAAAGAAGCCGUUCAUGACAAGUUUGGAAUGCCCGCUGUAAUUCACGGUAUAUCCACUUAUGAUGUACGGUCUGCUCUACGUGAGAAAUCUGUAGAGUAUGAAAACGUCGAAUGGAGUCCUAAGUUCCAACGUACUGGUCUUAUAGCUCGGAAACUUGGAAACUACCCAAUGUGGUUGAACAAUGGAAAAAGUGUGCUUACCACUCUAUUACAUGUCAUUGACAACCAUGUUAUCAAGUACAUUCCACCUGGCGAAUUUGAUCCUCCAAGAAAACCGUAUUCAUGCCCAAAUCACAAAAAGAAUCUUGGAUGUCUUCUAGUAGGGGCUGAAAGUGCUGAUCCUCAAUAUUUUACAAAACAGUACUGCGGAUUAUUUUAUAAAGAGGGGAUGAUGCCAAAAAAACACCUUGGUAGAUUUCUUAUAUCUCCAGAAGCUGCUUUGCAACCAGGUACACCACUUAUGGCCUCUCACUUUAACCCUGGCGAUUUUAUUGAUGUGCGUGGAAAAACUAUUGAUAGAGGAUUUCAAGGUGUGAUGAAACGACAUGGUUUUCAUGGUAUGCCUGCCACUCAUGGUGUAACUAAAUCUCAUCGUAGAGGAGGUAAUGUUGGUCACGGUGGUGAAAAAGGUAGAAUAUUUCCUGGGACAAAAAUGCCUGGACACAUGGGUAACAGAUAUAGAAUACAUAAGGGAGCUGAAAUUCUAAGAAUAAACCACAAAUUUAAUAUCAUCUGGAUAAAAGGAGUAGCUUCACCUGGAGAAACAAAUUCUAUUGUUUAUUUAUAUGAUACCUUAUUGCCAUUAAGAAAAUACAAAUCUUCACCACCAUUUCCUACAUCUAAAGUAGUAGAAGAUGAUCAAUUAAUAGAUUCAUAUAGCGAAAAAAUGUAUAAGUUCACUAAUCAAACUAUUACUUAUGAAGAAGAAAAAUAA